CCCGCCAGCGCGAUUGCUCCCAACACACCGAGCUCGACUAUGGGGUGCCUAAAGUGCAAGUCGACCGCGCAUAGGAUCCGCGAGUGCCCUAGAGUGACGAAAGAAGAAGCGACAGAGCUACUGAAGGCACAUGCACAAGUGGAGAUAAAAUGACGCAUUGAUGGCCAGCGACAACGAAGCGACAAUCCCGUGGGCCGCAUGUCAUCGAUUCAGUGCGCUGAUGGGGUUACUCCUCGUGAUAACCUGCAAUGCGUAGUUGAGGGGACUGUGCCUGUCAACGCCUCGCUGCUCGAUUCGGGUGCAGACUUGUCAGUGGUUUAGUUUCUGCGUUGCUUGCCGCUGUUGCGACACCCGAGAUGAUGGAUGUCGGCAUCAUGAUGUUGCAGCCGUACGGGCCCAAUGCACAACCUCUGCUCUUGCGUGGCCUGCGUAUGGGGGUAGACGAAUCUGUAUCUGCGGUGGGGCUUACGCUCGGCUUGCCUGUGAUACGCAAGCUGGGUUACGACGACAAGGGUUUGCUCGAAAACGCGUACUGUCAUCAAGAGGUCUGGGAUUUUGAUGAUGGCCUGACUGUGACGACUGGUGUGGCGAGGUACCGCUCACUGCGCGUCGCCGGGGUGGCGGAUGAGAUGGAUGAUGACGAAGGAAUGUGUUUUGCCACGCCAGAGCUGUCUGGUGUGUCAGGCACCGACGAGCACAGUUGUGGUGACGUUGCUGCGGUGCGCGCAGUGCUUACGGCUAAAGUGGAUGACGCAGCUGCCGAAGGGCUGUCGGCUGCGAGUGUGAACACGCUGCGCCAUCUUGUGUUCGAAUUCGAAGACGUGUUUCGCCUGCGAUUUGGGAAAGAUCCGCCUGAGAAAGUUGAACCGCAAAAGGAAAGCCGAGCGUAA